AUGCGCCGGCUUGCAAUUGACUUUCUUGACAGGUUCAUAGCAGUCAAAUUCUCCUGUCUCCAUUCGGCAUCCUGUUUAUACGUUCGAGCAAACCUCCGCUACUUCUCAACUUCGCGGUCUGCGCAACCGACCUACCGCAAUCAGUCGUUCCAAGUUCCAGUUGGAAACAAUGGUUAUGUAUCCCUGAAUGUAACCUAUCCCUCUAUAGCGCCUGCGGGUGGCAAACCAAAUGUGAUCAUUCGACUACCUCCGGGCCCGUUCUUUCAGCGAGAGGCAGAACAUGGUGAAAGUUCGGGUGGUCCUUAUUCAGAAACGCUGGCUCGGCCCUAUCUGAAGACAAAGAAGAAAGGCGUCUCUGCGGUCAAGAAGCAAGUCUUCUAUCGGUACCCUACACCCGUCCACGAUACCCUGGCCGGGUUCGAUUGGGUCCAGCAGAACCUCCAACCCGCGCGCCUAGGCGUCAUCGGCACACGCAUCGGGGGCUCGUUAGCGCUCAUGCUAGCCCUCACCGAAGCGCAAUCUGUUCACGCAGUCACGGCCCUAGAACCUAUCUGCGAUUGGCCCGGGCUCGACGAACACUGUCUUAUGGAAGAGCAACCAGCUCACGAGGGAAAUACCGCCAGCAAGAGAACGCGGGGUGCAGGAAGCCGAGUUCCCGCUGCACAGGAUCUCGUCCCGCUUCUUGAAGCGCGCGAGAAAUUCUUUGCCUCGCCGGAGCGCUACUUUGAUGCUUUUGCCUCGCCUGUUUUGUUUCUGCGGUCGGCGGGUAAGGAUGUCCCGAGGACGUUUCCGAAGUACCGGACUGGACCGGACUAUCCCGUUCCUGUGCUUGUGUCCAGUAAGCCAGACAGACAGCCGAUUGGUGUCUGGGAUCCCGAUACGCAAGACCAGGCAAUCCACCAGCAGGGUGACAUCUACGACUCGGAGACAGAUCUACCCUCCGAUCCAGACUCAGACACAAAGUCCAGAAAUGACCCCGCCGAUGCCAGCUUCGGCAUCCAGGGCCGCGCCAUCCGCCGCCGCAAAGCCCUCUCGCGGUGGCCCCCGUACGGUCUAGACUAUGGUUCGAGCGUCUCCCAUCGCUACCACAUCUACAAUCAAGGGAUCAAACGGCUCGAAAUGGCCCUCCCGAACGUCCGUCUCUUUGUCCGCGCCCACGAGAACGAAAACGAACAGCCUGACCCUGUCCCUGCGUCCGACGGAGAUGGGAAACGGCAGGCCCCCCGACACUCUAGAAAGACACAGCGGCGCUCAGUACUGGCGCAGCAGGCGGAUGAGAUGGUCGAUGUCAUGCGCAGGGCGUGUUUCUGGGGUCGGGAAAAGGGUUACGGAGAGAGCAGGGUCACGCUUGCGCAGGUGCCUCCUGGCUCUGGCGAGGAAGGCGCGGGGAGAUGGCUGGGUGAGACGUUGCUUUCAAAAGAUCCAGAUGCGAAUAAUUGA